GCGAUCGCCGGUGCGCUGUGUCACUUGGACACAGCGGAUCACGGAAAGAGCCGAAGAUGUCGGCUCGGUCAUGAGAUCAGCUGUGUCCAAUCACAGCUGAUCACAUGGGACAUGUACACUGAUCAUCAGGGCACUGAUGAUCAGUGUGCCCUGAUGAUCAGUGUGGCCCCAGAAGUGCCACCUGUCCAUCAGUGUCCAUCAGUGCCAGCAGUCAGUGCUCAUCAGUGCCACAUGCCAGUGCCCAUCAGUGCCACAUCAAUGCCAAAUAUCAGUGCAUACCAGUGCACAUCAAUGCCACAUGUCAGUGCCCAUCUGAGCUGCCUUUCAAUGUCACCCAUCAGUGCCAGUCAGUACCACCUAUCAAUGCCAAUCAGUGCCACCUAUCAGUGCUGCCAAUCAGUG